CUUAAAAUAACAAAAUCUCUUUAUAGCAUUUUUGCUUCAUUUUAAAAAGGUAGUUUCUAGCAUAGUUUUUUGCCCAUAAAACAAUGCUAGACCCUUCAAACACCGAUAUGUAUCGUUGGAUAACAACAUUUAAAGUAAUAAACUUUUUUUUUGUACGUAAUUGAAAUGUAACUUAUCAGCACUCUUGAGACAAGUACUAUUUUGGUGAAAAAGUAAGUCAACUUCUCGAAUAGGAAUUAGAAACUUUAUGAUACUGUUUUGGUGUAAUAAAACAUCAAAAAAAAUAUUAUUUUUAGUAUUGAAAAUGUAAUCUUAAAACCCAUUGCCAACAUACAAUUGUGAUCAUGUAUUUUUUAUAAUUAAAAGAUUAUUCAAUCCUUUCAGAUUAAAAAUGGACAGAGUAGAGAUAAUGAAGUGAUAGACAUGAAUAACAUAAUGUCUGGAGUUUCACUAAACAUGUUAAACUUGAAUAAUAAUAUAUUAUGCAUUUGAAGGAAAAGAAACUGCAUUUAAAUGAACUUUAAUCAAGAACAAAUAUUAAACAGAAAUAAUAGCUUGUGACACAAAGUGCAUUUAUUCCAAGAAUCUGUGUUAAAAUAAUAUUUAAAUAAGAAUUUUCUUGAAAUCUGCGUGAUCAGGUCGGAUUGAAUUUUUUGAAAUCUGCGUGAUCAGGUCGGAUCGAAUUUCUUGAAAUCUGCGUGAUCAGGUCGGAUCGAAUUUCUUGAAAUCUGCGUGAUCAGGUCGGAUCGAAUUUUUUAAAAUUCCACGUCAAUCUGAGGAAACCAAAGAAAAUGACAUUUCACUUUGGUAAAAGCGGAACCCAGCAGAUGUGUAUCCUUUCCUGGAGAGAGAAUUGGGAUCCGUCCCAGAUAAAUAAAUUUAAUCAGGUUCUAGUUGAACAGCUGGUGUAUGGAGGAGGAGAGGAUGAAGUUAUGUUUAGUCUUGAGAAUAUGAAUUUAGCAGGGGAUGGACACCAGUUGUUCUCUUGUCAACUACGUCUCUUUAAAUCCUGGUACAGAUCUUGGAACGACCAGGAGAAACAAACCUUUCUCCGGACCCUCACCACAUCUGAUCCAGAGACGGAUAAAUUUCUCCGAGAUCGACAACUGUCUCAUUUGCUCUGAACCUUUCAGAUGAACGGAGUUAAAGUUCUACAAUGGCAGGUUGGACGGAUAAUGUCCUGCAGAGCUGGGUUCCAUUCGUCUCCAGUACAGUUCUCAGGAUCGGAGCUAGGACAGGUGAACAUGAAGUUGAUCCUGAGCUCGACCAAGAACUCUGUGACGACGUUGACGAUGAAUGACCCGAAGAAGUUGAACGGAUGGUCCGGACCAAUGAUGAUCACGCUCCGCCAUCUUUUUGAUAAACAUGCGGCAGACGACCUAACCAAGGUUCUUGUAUUAACGGGAACUGAUCCUUACUAUUGUGCAGGUGUGAACCUGAGUGCAACAAUGAAACCAAUGCACCCCAAGAAAUUGCAUUCUCUCAUAUAUUCAAACAAUAAAGCACUUUUUGAUGCAUUUCUAGAUUUUCCUAAGCCGAUCCUUAUAGCAGCCAACGGUCCUGCUAUUGGCGCCUGCGUAACAUCGGCUACACUUUGUGACGGAAUAAUUGCGUCUGAGAAAGCUACAUUUAAUGUUCCUUUCGCUGCUCUUGGGAUUCCUCCUGAGGGGUGUUCCAGCAUUCAUUUCGAGAGGAUGCUGGGAAAGGAAGUUGCGAGUAGAUUACUCAAUGAUGGAUGGAAACCUACAGGAACUGAAGCUGCUGCUAUUGGAAUGGCAAUGGAAGUUGUUCCUCAUGAAAAAUUAAUGAAACGCGCUCAGGAGGUUGCUGAGAAGUGGGUGCAGGAGAGACGAAUGAAAAGUAUCCCCGGAGGAGGAAGUGUUGACGAAUAUAAAAGAGUAAACGAAGAGGAAUCUGUGAGAUUAGCAGAUGCGUUCCUUGCCUAUCCUUUUCUUAAUGCGCAGUACAAAUUUCUCCAGUCUAAAGGCAAGACAGGAAACGCUGCAGUUUUCUGGUUUUUAAAAACCACGAGACCGCUCUGGUCUAAACUACUCUAAUCCGACUGUGAUGACUGAUGAAUGUAUAGAUAUCAAUUCUUGUCCGGGACAUCUUCUUCAGUUUCAACUCUCCGUUCAUCCUUAUUUACAUAUUUUCUUCAAUAUCAUUUUACAGUGAUAACCACGAAACUCUAAAAUAUAAAGACGACUUUUGGAACCAAGUUACAACUUUAAAAGCCCAAUAAGCAUGAGUUACAGCCAUUGUGCAGUGUAAGCAGACUCAUUCACCAAAUAAGGGAUUUUAUAAGG